UAUAUGGUUAUAAGCGUAUACAAGUCGAACGUAUUUUCUAAAUACACGCCCGUCAAUGUUUUCAAUGACAAUGUUAGUGGCAAUCAUUGACUCGCUUAAGGAAAAUCACUGAUGUUACUUGCAUAAUUUUUUAUUAAUAAAAGGCUACGAUUUAAUAGCAUUCGUGAAAAACAAGUUGUUUUUUUUGUCAUUAAUUAUGGCUCUAACAAAUAUUUUGCUUCUCAGUCAAAUAGCUGGAUACGUUGUGGCGCUUAUUUUAUCUCUUUGUAUUAUCGUUCCCAUGAGUUUACAUCAAGAUGAAUUUAGGGGACACUGUCUACUUUUUUCAACAGGAACUUGGCAAGAAACUGAUGGACAGUUCGUAGUAAAUUGGGCCUCGCAAAUUUCCUGCAAUUAUACUAUAUUCGUUGGACUUGUCUUAUUUCUAAUGGCAGCGUUCCAGAUUUAUAGGCUUUCCGUUUUUAUGUAUCGUGGCGAAGACAGCUCCUUUCUUUCAGCGUUUGUAGAUGUUGUCAGUUGUAUCUUUCUCACGAUAAUAACGUUGAUUGCUGCUAUUAUUGUAACAUUAGGUUUCAUGACUUGGUGUCAAUAUAUGACAAAAAGAUUUCCUUCUUGCGAAUUAGCUUCUGGAAAUGAUAUUGAUAAAGCUGAUGGUAUUGAUACUUCUGGUUUUCACAUUGAAUUGGGUGCUGCACAAUUUGGAAUAUGGAGUAGUUUGUCGAUUUGGGUUGGUUUAUCGGUUUUUGCUAUGUUAAAAUUGUUGCAUUAUCAUCAAAUAGAAAAUAUGAAAGUAUCUAUGUAUAGAGAAAGGCAAAAGUUAAUUGAAGCAACUGGAAAUAGCCAACAGCAAGAAUCCACUUAAUCUUUUUUGCAAGAGUAAAUAAAAAAGUUAUAAUACUA